ACCAUAUUGGUAAUAAUAUACGUCAUAGCUUCAUAGACUUGAAAAUUGUAAUAAUUUUCAUUAUUGAAUUUUAACAAUUGUAGUUAUUCAAAAAAAUGAAAUACAUUCCAUUUUGAUUUAUUUGAACAGGAUUUUUUCCUAAAUCAUAUAGCACAAUCAAACUCUUUGAAUUUUUUUUCAGCCAUUCUACUUUUGACAAACAACAUAUCCAUUCAGCACAUUCAUAAGAUCUAAUUCAAUUUUCCCGAUAUGAUCAUGAAUAUCUAUUUCUUCAGAUCAGGUUUCAAUUGGAAUGAAAAAAUUUUUCGACAAAAAUUUGUAAUUUUCCACAGUAUUAUUGUCAUUGUACAUGUUUUGUCUAUAGUUUCAGCAUUAACUAUCAGCAUUAAUAAUGAUAAUUCCAAUCAAACGAACUUUUCAAUACCGGAACAACAAGAUGAUCAGCCGUUUCCUGCCGAAUCUUCACAACAUAGUUUUUAUGACUAUACACGAUUUAGUGAGACUGAUCCUCGCCAUUGGUAUUGGAUGGCACGUGCCGACAUUCGUGAACGUUUACAGAUAUUACGUCCAAUGCAUUAUCGAGCGCAGAAUGUGAUUAUUUUUCUUGGUGACGGUAUGGGCAUUUCCACUAUCACAGCUUCACGUAUUCUAAAAGGGCAAAUUCAUGGCCAUCAUGGUGAGGAAGGAUUUCUCGAGUUCGAUAGAUUUCCGUAUUCAGCUUUGAUCAAGACGUACAAUCUGGAUAAACAAGUUCCGGAUUCAGCCGGUACUGCAACCGCUUAUUUAACUGGUGUGAAAGCAAAUUUUUAUACAUUAGGUGUAGCAGCCAAAGUUAACAAAGAUCAUCCUGAUUGCAAUCUUGUACAAAAAAGUUCCGUUGAUUCAAUUCUUAAAUGGGCAUUAGAUUCUGGUAAGGCAGCUGGUUUUGUCACCACAACUCGAGUGACGCAUGCCACUCCAGGAGCAUCAUAUGCUCAUACACAGAAUCGUGAUUGGGAAUAUGAUAUCGAUGAAUCAGUGGUUAACCCCACUACGCGUCAUAAUUGUAAAGAUAUCGCUCGACAAUUGAUCGAAGAUGAACCUGGAAAAUCAUUGAAUGUGAUAUUAGGCGGUGGACGUCAAUCAUUCAUGUCAGAUCAAGAAUUGGAUCCUAAAGGAAUGUUAUCCGAAGGUCAUAUACAUUCAGUUUCUGGAAAACGACGUGAUGGUCGAAAUCUGAUUGAAGAAUGGAAACUGAAACGUUCGAAACAAGAUAAAGAUCAUAGUAAUUUUGCCUACGUGAAUGAUACGCAAAGUUUACAUGGUGUAAAUUACCAAAAGAUACAUUAUCUUUUCGGCUUAUUCAAUUAUACGAAUAUGGAGUAUGAAAAACUUCGUGAUCGAAGUCCAAAUGGUGAACCAUCCUUGACCGAAAUGACCGAAGCGGCUAUCAAAGUUUUAAGCAACAAUCCGAAUGGAUUCGUUUUGCUGGUUGAAGGUGGUCGCAUCGAUCAUGCUCAUCAUGAUGGCUUCGCAACACUUGCCUUACAUGAGACAUUGGAAAUGGACCGAGCUAUUCGUCGUUCAAGAGAAAUGUUACCGAUGGAAGACACAUUGAUCGUAGUCACAGCUGAUCAUUCACAUUCAUUAGUUAUAAAUGGAUAUCCAAAUCGAGGUAAUCCGAUUCAAGGAGAAAGCCAUUCGCGUGAUUCGUUUCUGAUUCCUUAUACUACAUUAAUGUAUACUAAUGGUCCGGGAUUUAGGACAAUAAAACAACGAACCAGCCAAAUUCAUGAUAAUCUAUACCAGUUAAAAUAUCGUGUUCAUUCGGCAGUAUACACCAAAGAAGCCAAUCAUGCUGGUGAAGAUGUCGCUGUCUUUGCAAUCGGACCAAUGGCCCAUCUUUUUGGUGGUACACAUGAACAAUCACACAUUGCACAUGUUAUGGGAUUUGCUGCCUGUAUUGGUCCAUAUCAACAAGAAUCACAUUGUCAAGAAGGAGUUGAUGAUAAAAUCCGACAUAAAAAAAUAGAAUCUGGAUUUCGUCCUUUCAAUCCUUUCAACAGUGAAUUCGAGAAGCGUAAAACUUUAAACAAUGGAAAUCAUAGUGUUAGCCAGCAAUUGAGCUUAAUAGUCUUUCUUUCUAUUAUUAUUAUUUGGUUUCAUAAAAUUGCAAUUUGAUUCAUUUUGAAUAAU